AAUCAGAUAGCCUAUUUGUCGAAAUCCGAAUUUUGCUUUGGAACCAAGCAACAGAGUCACCGGGCAGAAAAAUGAGCCUUUCGCUACGAGCCGAGUUUGCUCUUGACAAAAACAAAAAGAAGAAGAAGAGAGAGCUUGCUGAGGAGCAAAAACAAGAAAUCAAGGAGGCAUUUGAUCUCUUUGACACAGACAAGGACAGAGCUAUUGACUACCAUGAGCUGAAGGUUGCCAUGAGAGCUCUGGGUUUUGAUGUCAAGAAAGCUGAUGUUCUGAAGAUUUUGAGAGAUUAUGACAGAGAAGGAACUGGAAAAAUCUCAUUUGAAAACUUCAACGAAGUCAUGACAGACAUGAUGUUGGAGCGAGACCCCCAGGAGGAGAUCCUCAAGGCUUUCAAAUUAUUCGAUGAUGACACGUCAGGAAAAAUUAGUCUUCGAAACUUGAGACGAGUUGCAAGAGAACUCGGGGAAAAUAUGACAGAUGAGGAACUUCGGGCUAUGAUUGAUGAGUUUGACAGAGACGGAGAUGGAGAGAUCAAUGAGGAUGAGUUCAUCGCCAUCAUGACUGGAGACACGUAGCCUUUCUGCCCAGAAUCUCAUCUCAGCAAUCUGAAGAAUGGCGCUGGACGUACGGACGGUCUGUGGUGCAAGCCAUCUGAUUCUUGGAUGUGUUGUUUUUAUUUAAAACCAUUUUACCAAGGGAGAAAAUGGAAAAGCCAUCAUGCUCCGUUACCUUUGAGUCUGUCCUGACUUUUCAAUCUAUACCGGUACAUAUCACUUACAAUAUUCAUGUAGUAAGAUUGCCUUUCUUUGAACAUUUCUGUAUAUUACAGGCGCAAAACAAUAACUCCAUUAAAAUUUACCGUUUUGUAAUUAGAUGGGUUGUACCAAAGGUGGCCAUAUUCCUGUGAUGCACGCAAAUCAUCACCUCAGAAUUAUUUUGGCCUAAGUGCACUUAAUAAGGAAAGUGGCACUUUGGACAAGAUAGUUCUAAGGCGACGAAAUGUAUUAUAAAGCCAACAUCUUUGUUGUUGAAUUCUUUUUUUUGGGCCUAGACUUACUUAUUAAGAUGACUUAAGAUCUUUGUAAUUUCAUUGCCAGCAUACAUGAUAUAAUGAGGCAACAAGCUGAUUUUUUAGGAUCAUAUGAGUGUUCCUGGUUGUUUCGUUGCGAGAGGUACCGUCCAAGCUACGAUUUGUCCAUUCUGAUCUUCCAUUCCAGACAAGUGUCGAGAACAUGGAGCAAGGUGUCAAGGCUAUUGCUUUUUUUUUCCAAGUGUUUUUAGCCAGCCUCUAUAAUAUUAAAGUUCACAUGAUUUUAUGGGGAAUGUUUGAUAAUGUAGACAUAAAAAUAAAAAGAAAUAUUCAGGUUCAAAUGUGGACCAGAAGUCAGGGUUCUUGUUUGUUCUUGUUGAAGAAUAAAAUUGGUUUCCAAUUUAUUCAAGUGGAGUAAUCUGGCAACAAGUGGCUCUUGUAGUCAUGCUGCAUGUCGUGUGAUGGUGUCAACGCAAAGAAUAGCCAGAGUCCAUUUAUUUAUACCUGAGAUUGAGAGAGGCAAGGAAACUGCAGCCACUGUCACAUAAUCUGCACUUGUGCCUCAUUCUCUAGACAAGGUUUUGAGUGCGGCUUGUAAAAAGAUUAAACACAGUUUGUAUGAGGAA